CAUGACAAAAUCUUGGCUGACAUUUUCAAAAAACUACGAAAAACUUUUAGAGUCCGGCGAGGGAUACGACCUGUCGAUCAAGGCAGGCCAAGAACCUGACGUAAAAGCUUUUAAAGCACAUUCGGUAAUAUUAAGAACUCAUUCACCAUACUUUUAUCGGGCAUUGUCAAGCGAGUGGGCUAAGAAAGAAGAGGAUAAGAUGGUUUUCUAUAAACCUAAUGUGACACCUACUAUUUUUGAGAUUAUUCUGAAAUAUAUUUACACCGGAAACACCGAGAUAAAAAAGGAGCAAAAUGGCGAAUUUAUACUAAGCCUGUUGACGGCUGCCGACGAACUCAUCCUUCCAGAAUUCAUGGACGAAGUUCAAGAGUACUUCAUCAAGCACUAUGCUUCAUGGAUCCAAGAAAACUUUUACCGAAUCCUCGAUUUUGCAUUCG